AUGCCUCCACAAACCCAGACCCAAAGACGGCGGAAAACAGGUAAUAACGAUAAUGCCAACGAAGCCCGACGGCGUCGCCAGUCUCGACACAAGCACGAAUCGGACGAUUCCGAAGCCUCUGAAGAAGAUCAAGAUGGCGAUGUCGAUAUGGAGAGGACAGGAGACGCAGACGACCAGCUAGUCAAGAAGCUGGUUCGAUACGCCCUAGCAUGUGAAUAUGCGAGGAUACCCAUUAAGCGAGACGGCAUUCGAGACAAAGUUUUGGGAAGCAAUACGAGAUCGUUUAAGCGCGUGUUUGAGGGGGCACAAGCUCAGCUUCAACAAGUCUUUGGCAUGGAGAUGGUGGAAUUGCCCGUCAAGGAGAAGCGUACACUAAAGGAGAAGCAGAGGGCGAACGCUAGGAAAGCGGCUUCCCACAGCACCGCAUCCUCCAGACAAUACAUAUUGGUCUCGACCCUGCCACUAGAAUACAAAUCGCAGUCCAUCAUCGCCCCGUCACGAAUACCGAGCACAUCCGAAGAAGCUGCAUACGUCGGGUUCUACACUAUGAUCAUCUCGUUAAUUGUCCUCAAUGGAGGAGAGCUGAGCGAUACGAAGUUACGACGAUACUUGACUCGCCUGAAUGCCAGCCAGAACUUGCCCAUGGACAAGACCGAUAACGUGCUACAGAAGAUUGUGAGGCAGGCCUAUGUCGACAAGGUAGUGGAAAAGAGCGACGGCGACGAGGAUGCUGUAACUUGGUGUAUCGGAUCCCGGGGGAAAGUCGAGGUUCCACCUGAAAGUAUUGCUGCUGUGAUCACAGAAGUCUGGGGCGAGCUUCCGGAUGAUUUCCACACGAAAUUGCAGAGGAGCUUGGGAAUACAAGAACCUCAACAAGGCUAUGAUGAAAGUGCCAUUCCCGAGGAGUGA